AGGCUGGGAUGAGCCUCAUCAAAUUCCCUGCUCUUCACACUAACCCUCCCACUGUCUUUCAUCAGCCUGGCCGGAGGUGUCUCAGAUCCAGGUGUUACCGCAGUGGGAGCCCCAGGACAUGGUGCCGUUUGCCGUCCAGAUCCAGAACUUUUACCCCGAGGGGAUUCACUGGAUCCAGUGGCGCUGGGACGGGGCAGAGAGCUGGAGAGACGAGAGCCCAGAAAUCAGCAAGAACCCGGAUCUCACGUUCAGCGCUACCAGCGUCUGCAGAAUCCCCAGCCAGAAAUUUAACAAUCCAGAGCUCAGAGUCCGAGUGUUGGUUCAGCAGACCCGGCGAGACCCACCAGUCUGGAGAGAGAUCAGAGCCAGGGACACAGGCAAAAAAUUGUGCUACCGAAUCUCAGAUGUACGAGGAUUGGAAGGGUGUCUCCUGGGACAGGAGGUGACCCUGAGCUGCACCAUGGAGGGGACGUUCCCCGAGGACACGGCUGUGACGUGGGAGCGGAUACACGGACAGGACACGACGGCGAUCGGGACUGACGCAGUCAUCGAGGACGAGGGGGCCCGCGUCAGGUGCAGCUUCCACCACGAGGCCAGAGGGAUCCGAGAGCAGCGAGUCUCUGACAUCAUCAGGGUUUUGGGGGGCGCCCUGGUGGUAACUGUCCCCGCGUCCCCGGUGUGGGCCCGGCCAGGCUCUGACGUGCCCCUAGGCUGUCGCAUCUCCGUGGUCCCAGAGCCCGUGGAGCUGAAGCACCUGAGUGUGAAAUGGUGGCGUAAGGUCAGCGUGGUGACCGGCUUUGAGCACGAGGCGCUGGCCAGCAGGGCCAGGCCAGCCUGUCCCCAGAGGACAUGGGUGCAGGAGGAAGAGGCCGGGGCGUACUCCGGCUCUGUCAACUACCUCUGGGACUACCAGUCCGAGGGCAUGGAGCUGUGUGGGGAAGGUCAGCGAGCGGAGCACACCAGCCCCUGA